CUGUCCUGCAGGCAGACGGGCAUCAGGUCAUGCUGGAAGAGAUAUCAGGCUGGAACGCUGUAGAGUUGGUGGUCAGCGGGGAGAUUGUAUUUCUCCGUGACAUCAAUGACCUGGAUUUUGGAGGUGAUCGCAAGUUGGAUCCACUUUGUGAAGAAGCCAGAAAAGCAGUGUUAAAUGAUUACUGA